AUGAAGGACUCGCAGUAGAUCCUUUCAAAAGUUUUUGUGUACAGCAAUCUGAAGAUGAAUGCCAAUUUAUAAGAAGUAUUAAAUAAUACAAAAUGACCUCAAUAUUUGACUUGUUGGACAAUAUGGAGCAAUUUAUGGAAGAAUAUUUGUCAAUAUUCAAAAGUCUUCCAAAAUCUUCAUUUGUGAUUGAAAGACGAAAAAAACUGAUGACUGAUUAUAUUACAAAAGCAUUAUUAAAUGAAGCGAAAGAUAGACAAUGUUGCGUUCAACCUUAUCUAAAUAAGGCAGUGUCUUAUUUACUGACGUACCACGACGAAACAAAAUGUUGCGAUGGUGGAAAAUGUAUGAAUGCAUAUAAGCAUCAUCAUCUAUGUGUAGCCAUGAAAGUCGCGUUCAAAUUGAAACUGGCCGACAAUGAAACGUUUGCUAAACUUCUUUUAAGCAUGUACCAGUGUCAGAAUACGUUUGAAGGAUUGUACAUGGGAAUAUUUUUCCGCGACACUGCACCGUUUUUCUGGCACACCGAUUGGGACUCACAAUUCGAAAACUAUCAGGCCUUGAUGUAUUUUAGUUUAAGGGCUAAUAAGUGCGGAUUAAAAUUUGGUUCAGACCCACAUCAGCGCAACUUCAUGGACGUACCACUAAAAUGUUUUUCUUGCUCUCCACUUAAACUUGCGGCGCAACUCAACCAACCUCAUCAGUUACUCAUUAUUCUUAGGUAUGGGGGAACGGUUUAUAAUGGAUAUGAUAAAGAGGAUGCCGCAGAAAGGAUUGUUAGAAAAUUAAUAAUACAACAAUCUCGCGGUGGAAACUAUUUGCUACGAACUCUUCGUUGUCUGCGAUACUUAUUAAGAGCGGUUGUAUCUUUAAAAAUGGAAAACAUUUACAAAAUCGAUGAAAACGCAAAAGAAAGUUGCCUGAAAUUAAUGGAAAGAGGAAUCUUGCCGGCGAACAGGAUUGGAAUUAACCCACCGCAGUUGAAACAUCUGGCACGUUGUGCAGUUAGAAAAAGUAUGAUCGAACAUGGUAUGGUACCUCAUGGAAUUGCAAAAUUGGAAAUACCGGAGAUGUUAAAACAAUAUGUAGAUUUAAUCAGAGACUAAUUUUAUGAGUGUUGUUAUUUAAUACAUUUUUAUUGACUGAUAA